AUUUUGCGAGUUUUUGGAUUAAAAUUUCACGUAAGAAAAUUGAAUUAAGUCAAUUGAUAAUUAAAGAAAUCGAAUAAAAAUUUGACGAAAUUCAAAAGUAGAUAUAACUCCUCCUCAAUAGGGACCAUUGAAAAAAUGAGUGCAUUAUCUCGAUGGUGCAUUAUCUCAAUGGUGACUGUAUGUCGAUACCAUUUAAUUAAUUGUGAUGGUUUCAUUGCAGUUUAACGUGUGCAAAUGUUAAUUUGUGUAAAACAUUUGUGACAUACCUUCACUUGUUUAUCUCUCUCCGACAGCUUACUAAUCUUAUUCUCUGUUUACUCAGUGAAUUUGUUCCUAGUGAAUCCAGUAAUUAAUUGAUACUGCCAAUUAAUUAAUCCAACUAAUUAAAACCAAGUGAUUACAACUAAUCGGAGUAAUACUUCUUUGGAUUGAGUGAAACACAUAAGUGACAAUGGACAACGAAAGGAAAAAAUUAAAACAGAAUGAGAAGAUUCUCAAAGUGAUGAAAAUGGACAAAGAUGCUCUUCUACCUACAAGAGCGACAACUGGCAGUGCAGGACUGGACUUAAUGAGCUCGGAGAAUAUCAUCAUUAAAGCAAACACCGUAUCAAAGGUUAAAACAGGAAUAUGUGCUGUGGCCCCAGAAGGAUGCUACCUGAGAGUGGCUCCAAGGUCAGGACUCGCGCUCAAAGACUGGAUCCAAAUAGGUGCAGGUGUAAUUGAUGGAGACUACCGAGGAGAAAUCGGAGUGGUAUUAAUCAACAUGAAAGAUAAGGACUUCUCAGUUAGAAAAGGUGACAAAAUAGCUCAAAUUAUAUGCGAGAAGAUAGAGGUACCCAAGGUUAUAGAGGUCAUGGAGAUGGAAACAACUCAAAGAGGUGACAAGGGAUUUGGCUCAACAGGGAUUAACUAAUGAUACCAUAUCAAACAAUGAAAAACAAAAGAUAUAAUAUAAACUAAGAAAAGAUUCUUUUUUAAGAACCAACAAAUCAGAAAAGCCUUAAGCUUCCAAAGUAUAUGACACAGAAAUAAUGUAACAGAAUACCUCAAGAUAAUAGAUUACAAUAAGAUAAUCUCUAAA